AUGCAACAGCAGCAGGGACAAAGCGAUAUUGAUCAAAUUGAAAUAAGGUGUCGCCACACACAGCUCAUUCCAUUGGACUUUCUUGAUGUUAAACUGACCUGUGAAAAGUGCUGUGCCAAGAAUGGCCAUAGGUAUGGACAGAGUGGGCAGCAAAAUCUAAGGCAGCAGCACAGUUCUCAUAAAGUAGUUGGCUGGCAGUUUGUGGGAAGCGUUUUGCAGAUGAAAGGCAAGAAUUACAGAUCCAGAAAUCAUGUUCCAGCCGCCCUCUCCUCCUCAAGUACACUAGAUGAAUGUACAUAUACUCAGAUGGAUGUGUAUCUGAGUCAAGUUUCCAGCAGCUACCGGUAUUAUGUCCGAGUUAGAGUAAAGAGCAUAUUCCAGAGAGAGAUUUGGAAACUAAAGAUGAAGAAGAAGCUGAAGCAGUCACAGGUGAACCAUCAUUCAUCUAAUAAUGAAACCUAUCAAGAAAGAUUGGCACGAUUAGAAGGUGAUAAAGAGUCGCUCAUACUGCAGGUGAGUGUUCUUACAGACCAGGUGGAAGCUCAGGGAGAGAAAAUCCGGGACCUAGAAAUCUGUCUUGAGGGGCAUCAGUUGAAACUGAAUGCAACAGAAGAAAUGCUUCAACAGAAAGACUUCCAUUAUCUUCCUGAGGAGUUGCUAAGUCGAACAUCACUAGAGACUGAGAAAUUAGAUCUAAUGGCUGAAGUUUCAGACCUGAAGAUUAAGCUGGUUGGUAUGGAAAAGGAACAGAGUGAAUAUGAAGAGAAACAGAACAAAGCUGAGUCAGUAGUGAACCUGAUCAGUGAGCUACAGGAGCAGAUGUGUAGACUGCAACUGGAAAUUAAUAGUAGAAUCCAAGAAAGAAAGUCCCAAGAUAGGAAACCAGACUUGACACCUAAUGGUCCUCAAUCUAGUCCAAGAUCAGUGGUAGAGGCUCUCAGCCAGAAGAACUGCUCUCGGUGUGAUGGUUUGCUACAGGAACUUAGACACCUCAAAAUUAAAGUGGAAGAACUGGAAAAUGAAAGAAAUCAAUACGAGUGGAAAUUAAAAGCAACUAAAGCUGAGAUAGCCCAGCUUCAAGAGCAAUUAGCUCUCAAAGAUGCAGAAAUAGAACGCUUACAAAGUCAGCUAUCUAGGACCUCAUCACAUAGUGAAGUGGCAGAAAGAGAUCAAGAAGUUCAACGGUUGAAGAUAGGAAUGGAAUCGUUAUUGGCUGCAAAUGAAGAAAAGGACCGUCGAAUAGAGGAGUUAACACUAUUAUUAAGCCAGUACAGGAGGGUCAAAGAGAUCAUCAUUGCAGCUCAUGGCUCUUCCAUCUCUGGUGGCAGUGAAGAGGAACUUGAGACAACUUUAAGGAAGUGGAAUCUUUUGAAUAACCCUCAAGGAGAAUUACUUAAACCAGAGGCCUCUUCAGGAGAAUUGUCACCAGCUAUGCUCUCUCCAGUGCCACACAAAGCUAUGGAAAUCAGUGGAAGCAUUCCAGUAUCUUCAACUAAUUUAACCUCUCCACAAGAAGAAUCUUUGGAAAUCAUAAAUAGGGUUCCACAGAAAAAAAAGUCAAGUAGUUUAGAAGAUUUGCAGAGUGAAUCCCUAGAAAAGAGUAAGCCACUUGGGAAAGGCAGCAAGUAUCAAACCUUGCCAGGAAAGCUGCCCCGACCCUUACAGAAUGGAGAGCAGGGAACGUACAAUUUGCCGGAUGGGUGUGGCAUGAACGACAAUGAGGACAGCAGCAUCCUGGGCCUAAAGCGCAUCAGGAGUGUCAGUGCACCAGUGCUAGGAGAAACAGAGAAUGUGGAUGGUACAGUAGUCUCAGAUGACCUUUCACCUCUUUCUUCGGGAACGGAUUCAGGUCCACAAUCUCCAUUGUCUCCAGAAAACAGAAAGAGUCCAAAAGGGAUCAAGAGAAUCUGGGGAAAAAUAAGAAGAACUCAGUCAGGUAACUUCCCUGCAGAUGAUCUGGGUUUGGCAGAGUUUCGAAGAGGUGGUCUCCGUGCAACAGCUGGACCUCGGUUAUCCAGAUCAAAGGAAACCAAAGGCCAGAAAAGUGACUACAAUGCUCCGUUUGCUCAGUGGAGCACUGAAAGAGUUUGCAACUGGCUUGAGGACUUUGGUCUCGGUCAGUACAUCAUUUUUGCACGGCAGUGGGUGACUUCAGGCCAUACUUUGUUAACUGCAACACCUCAGGACAUGGAAAAGGAAAUGGGAAUAAAGCAUCCACUACACAGGAAGAAAUUAGUUUUGGCCAUUAAAUCAAUAAAUGGAAAACAAGAUGAGAAGUCUGCACAACUUGAUCAUAUCUGGGUGACACGAUGGCUUGAUGAUAUUGGUUUACCUCAGUACAAAGACCAGUUUCAUGAAUCCAGAGUUGAUGGGAGAAUGUUGCAGUACCUAACUGUGAAUGACCUUCUUUUUCUGAAAGUCACCAGUCAGCUGCAUCAUCUGAGUAUUAAAUGUGCCAUUCAUGUGCUGCAUGUCAACAGUUUUAACCCCCACUGUCUACGCAGGAGACCAGUUGAGGAGAAUAAUGUCUCGCCUUCUGAAGUAGUUCAGUGGUCCAAUCACAGAGUGAUGGAAUGGCUCAGAUCAGUCGAUCUGGCAGAAUAUGCACCAAACCUUCGAGGAAGCGGAGUGCAUGGUGGCCUGAUUAUUCUCGAGCCUCGCUUCAAUGGUGACACACUGGCAAUGCUGCUGAAUAUUCCACCUCAAAAGACCCUACUGCGACGCCACCUAACAACCAAUUUUAACGUAUUAAUUGGACCAGAGACACAACAAGAAAAAAGAGAAAUAACAGAGUCAACAGCAUACACACCUCUGACCACCACUGCCAAAGUUCGGCCAAAGAAACUUGGAUUUUCACAUUUUGGAAACUUAAGAAAAAAGAAAUUUGAUGAAUCAACAGACUACAUUUGUCCUAUGGAUACAAACCCAGCUGCUACGAACGGUACCCAGAAAAACUAUGGUGCAUACAAAGGACUUAGUCCAUUCACUGAUAGGGAGCUGGAUCAGAUGGAACAUUCAGAAGGAACAGUAAUGCAAAUAGGGGCUCUUUCUCAAGGCAUAAGCCAUCUUACGACGAUGUUAAGCCAAGAUGAAAUGCUGAAUGACAGCAGAUUUUUAACACCUACCUUUGAAGACUGGAGAUGA